CCAGAAACAAAAAUGCAAAAGAUUUAAAAAUUGUCUAUGUAAAUUCAAUUUGGUGAAUUUGUUAAUUGUUUAUUGUAAACGGCAAGUUUUCAGUUUUAAUCUAACUUUAACGAUUACUAAAUACCAAGUAAUUAUGGCACGCUACAGCAUCGAGGUAGAUGAUGGUAAUAUAGAUCCCGCAUCAGUAACAUCGGAAGUUAAGAGUUCUAUAAAGCAAGAUAUCAUAAAAGAGCUACUUCAUGGGUCCUUCCAAGACAAUAAAACAAAGUUGGACAAUGAUGCACUCACACUAGUGGUAGAGGUAGCCAAAUGUCUAGUUACUGAGACUUGCCUGAGAGCCUCGAGUCAGGCUUUACUGGAAGGCUGCAACAAAGUUGACCUUGAGCAUGUAGAGAAAUGUCUUCCACAAUUGAUGUUGGACUUCCCUUAAAAUACACAAAUUUUAAUAUGUAGGUGUACCUAAUAGUGUUAAGUUAUGAAUCAAACAAAGAUAAAUAUUCAAAAAUGUAGUAUGAAUGGUUAAUGUUUAUUGAUUUUGUCAACGUUUGUGAAAUUAUCAGUUAAAGGCUUGGCACAGUGCACACAAAACACACAUAGAAAACGUGUCCAAUUCGCUCUUAUAAAUUGUAAUACAUAGUAUGGAGGCAUUCACAAUGUGGAGUGCUCAUAAGCUAUGUAUUUCGUAGUGGUCUGCUAUGUGAUAUACAAUACAUGAUCAGCAAUGAGCAAGUUUUGUGUCUGUGGGUCGCGGUCGAAGCGACGGAUGCGCCGCGGUUGACGCAACAAUACUAUUUGCUAUAAAAAUGUAUCAUGUUGGAUGCGUGUGAGGGUUUCCGGAGCGUCGUCAUAAUUUUUUAUAGUUUGGUUUUAAACCAGUCGCAAUUGUCAAUCGCUUUGGUUGAACACAGAAGUCUACAGUGCAGUUAUACUCGUUGAGAAACAAAAACCCGCUCUUUACUUGCGAGUGAAUUGCGGCGCGAGUGCUCGAGAACCGUAUGCGCGUUGUAUGCGCCGUUCGCGACCGAAUUUCUGGGCGAGUUCUUUCUUCUAUCUGGGCCUUGGACAUGUUUUGCACGCUUUUCAAGCGUUUCCGUCAUGCGUGUAGUCAGCAGUGCCCCUUCCCGUCCCGCCCGA